UCCCGUGUCUCGGAUACACACACUUGGCCCCCAGUCACUGAAGCCGUGGUCGUGUAGUUUUGUGGUUCCCUCUGUGCGGUCUGAGCAGCUCAAUCAACAUUUUUUUUUCCAUUGAACCAUUUGCUCAAAAAUUCCCGCGGAACUAUGGGAAUAAAAACCCGACAUUGUAAUAUUGUGCCUUAUUCUAGGGGCAUAAUGCCAAAGGAAGUGCUUCCUCUUUAAUGUCCUGCGCUCAUCGCAAACACUUUCAGAGUCGAGUUUUCUUAAUCAAACCUGGAAAUAUCUGAGGAGUUUCACAAAGUGAGGCUGUGAGUGAGCUGUCAGUGAUCCGGUCGACUGACUUUUCAAGGAGGAAUGGCAACUGCAAGGCUUGAUUACAUUGCUCCGUGGUGGACAUACUGGCUGCACAAUUUCCCUCACCUCAAUUUCUCUUUCCUGCCGGUCGACAACACUUUCAGACCAGAGGAGACAAGCUAUCAGCAGUCUCUGAUUUUCCUGGCAUGCAUUGGGGCACUGGGUCUCGGCCUGAGCCUGCUGGUACUGGCAGUGUACCUGAGCUGCCUGUGUUGCUGCCGCAGGGACGUGGAUGAUGAGGCCAAGAGGCCAGACUCCUGCUGCGUCACCUGGGCUGCUGUCAUCACAGGUCUCAUCAUAUGUUCUGCUGUAGGAGUGGGUUUCUAUGGCAACAGUGAGACCAAUGAUGGGGUGUACCAGCUGACCUACGCACUCCACAAUGCCAAUCACACACUGGGUGGCAUCAACAAUCUGGUUGCAGGGUCCCGGGGUAAUAUGGAAACCUCUCUAAGGCAGCACUUGGAGCGACUGGAUGAAAUCUUUGCCACGAGGGCUGACCUCAUCCAGGCACUGCGCUUCAUGCAGACAAUGGCCGCCAACAUCAUCCGUCAGCUGACCACUCUGCCGGACAUCAGCAAGGCCAAGGUGGACCUGGCGUCCAUUGCAAACCAGACAGCCGUCAUUGAGUAUUACAGAUGGCUGAUCUAUCUGCUGUUGCUGAUCCUGGAUCUGGUCAUCUGCUUGGUGACCUGCUUGGGGAUGGCCAAGCACUCUCGAUGGCUGCUCAUCACGAUCAUGGCUUUUGUACUGCUGUCUCUGAUCCUGAGCUGGGCCUCACUGGGAGCGGACACUGCUACAGCCGUGGGCACCAGUGACUUCUGUGUGGCUCCAGACAAGUUUAUUGUUAACCGAACCAAGGAUUUCCUCAGUGCAAAUGUUGCACACUAUUAUCUGUUCUGCAGUCCGAAUCUACCCAACCCUUUCCAACAGUCCCUGACAAUCUACCAGCGCUCCCUUACCACCAUGCAAAUCCAAGUCCAGGGCUUGCUGCAGCUCUCUGUGCCUAUCUUUCCCACUGCUGAGAGAGACCUACUGGGGAUCCAGCGACUGUUGAACUCCACUGAGUUUAAUCUGCACCAGCUAACAGCCUUGCUGGACUGCCGUGGGCUGCACAAGGAUUAUCUGGAUGCUCUGAUGGGAGUGUGCUAUGAUGGAGUGGAAGGUCUCCUCUACCUCUCUCUGUUUUCUCUGCUGGCCGCCUGUGCGCUCUCUGCCAUGCUGUGUGCGAUCCCCCGAGCCUGGACACUCAUUGGCAGCAGGGACAGAGACUAUGACGACAUUGAUGAGGAGGACCCAUUCAAUCCCCAGGCGCGACGGAUAACCUACAACCCCGGAAGGUCAAAUAUCCACAGCUUCUGUAGCUAUAACAGCAGCCUGGGCAGCCAGAGUAGCCUACAUCCACCCCCUGCCUCCAAUGUCAUGCCUUCCUCUGAAUAUAUGAAUCAGUCCAUGCUGUUUGGAGGGAACCCUCGCUAUGAGAAUGUGCCACUGAUAGGACGAGGAUCCCCACCACCAUCGUAUUCACCCAGCAUGAGGACCACCUACCUAUCUAUGACUGAAGCCCAAAUCAGACACUUUGGGACUGAUUUUCAGGUGUAGCCCCGCAACCUACUGAUACCCUGUCGGAGAGGCACUGUCUGGGACUUUGGAUUCUUCAUGGCAUAAUCCUGUUUACGGAAGCAGCAGCCCGCCGUCCCAGUCUAAGACAUGAAAGCAGGACAUAUGAGGCUACCACCUCAAUAACACACCAAAGCAGUCCUCUUAAAGUCCUGAAUCCGGUCAUGAGUGGAGAGAGCCAAUACACUUUGAUGAGUCUCAAGACUGUUUCUGCUGCCGUUAUGUAUGCAAAUAAUGUCGCUCAAAUAUAAGCAUUUAUUUUGAGCCAGAUCAAAAGACUGUGAACUGGUUUUUGAUUAAAAAGAUGUUUGUUUUUUUUUGUUUGUUUCUUUUUGUUUUUGUUUCUUUUUUGCUUUUUUGUGUAUUCUAGUGGCCUGCUUGGACUUACUAUGAUCAUGAGGAACAUGGUCAGAUUUUGAUUUCAGGUGUAGGCUACAACAAAUGAGACAAAUGCAUCCCACAGCUGCUUGGAGAGCUUUGAUCAGGAUUUGGAUAUAACCAAAUCCUGACUCUCUGGCAGUCGUUUUACUUAAAAUGUUGAGGCCUUUAUGUAACUUUUCAGGGUGCUAUAGAUGAUUUGAUCAGACACUAUGUUUUUAAUCUCUGAAAUGCGAGUGAAAACCAGACCAAAUAUUAAGAUAUUGAUUUGGGGAGCCAAACAAAUAUACUACUCGGUAUUGUUGGUAUUUAUGACUUUAUCUUUGCACAGAUAGAUGCAUGUGUUUUUCUGUUUCUGAUUGUGUGACAGUGAUAAAGUUAGGCAUCUCUCCCUCUUUGUUGUAAUGGUAAAUUGUACCACCUGCUUAUCAGGGCUUAGGCAACAAUGGCCAUAGCUGAGGGGUUUAUUGCUUCACUGACGUUGUAUACAACAUUUGCAUGUUGAACAGUUCCCUGCAUAAAAUAGGCACACAGGAUUGGAUUUGAAUUAAUACUGGGCUAUGACACAAUGAAAAGGAAGACAGAAAAUUAAAAUACAAAUGGCAGUACUUUUAUAUUGGUUACCUGCCAUGUUGUACUGAUAUAACAUCACCAAAUAUUGAUUAAAUUAUUAAACCUGUGAGUACGAGUACAACCUGCCCUGCAGGUGGUUAAAUGUGACCUGAAUAUGUAGAAAUAGAAAGUUUGUUGAUCCAACUGUUAGGUUAUCCACAGUAUCCAUAUUCUUGUGGGUGAAAUAGCCUGUCCUCUUCCAUGUUGGAGAACUGUAGCCUACUACCUGUUUUCUAUGUUUGAUGACCUAUCAGACAAAGUUGACAUGUAAUGUUUGUGCAUAAAGAACAUUA